UCUCCCCGCCCCCGGGGGCUGCGCUGCUUCCUCCGGAGCUCGGGAACCUCGGACGUGGCGAGGCGGUCGGAAGGCUGGAGCGCCGCACAUAGAGGUCCCUCGGGCGGACCUUCUGAGCCGCAGUCCAGUCAGGGAGCGCCGACGCAUCUUUCCAGCUCGGGGCGGGGCGGGAGGAUGACUUCGGAGAUGGAGUCGUCGCUGGAGGUCAGCUUCUCGUCCAGCUGUGCGGUGUCAGGGGCGUCUGGGUGUUUGCCUCCCGCCCGCUCCCGCAUUUUCAAGAUCAUAGUGAUCGGCGACUCGAACGUGGGCAAGACGUGCCUGACGUACCGCUUCUGCGCCGGCCGCUUCCCCGACCGCACCGAGGCCACGAUCGGGGUGGACUUCCGAGAGCGAGCCGUGGAUAUUGAUGGAGAGCGCAUCAAGAUCCAGUUGUGGGACACGGCAGGGCAGGAGCGGUUCAGGAAGAGCAUGGUCCAGCACUACUACAGGAAUGUGCAUGCCGUCGUCUUUGUGUAUGACAUGACCAACAUGGCCAGCUUCCACAGCCUGCCGGCUUGGAUAGAGGAAUGCAAACAGCACUUGCUGGCAAACGACAUACCUCGCAUUCUGGUGGGAAAUAAAUGUGACUUGAGAAGCGCCAUUCAGGUGCCCACAGACUUGGCACAGAAGUUUGCUGACACACACAGUAUGCCUUUGUUUGAGACCUCUGCUAAAAACCCCAAUGAUAAUGACCACGUAGAAGCUAUAUUCAUGACGUUAGCUCAUAAGCUAAAGAGCCACAAGCCAUUGAUGCUUAGCCAGCUGCCUGAUAACAGAAUUAGCCUGAAACCUGAGACCAAGCCUGCGGUGACUUGCUGGUGCUGAGUCAUAGGCGUGGCCCUUGCGGGUCUGACUUACCUGAAGAGAAGCUUGUGAAGUGUGACAGUGACUAAGUUCCUAAGAGUGAAUCUUAACUGUAGUAGAUCAUCCUGCUGUUAUCGUUGUUACGAUGCCUUUUGUAUUUUGCAUCCUCUUAAUCAAGUUUGUCACUGAGACAGCACAUGGAAAAGGCCGCUUUACAGUGGGGAUUGAAAAUGAAGCAAAGGCAAGACUACCGGGGCCAUCUUUCCAGCUCCAGCCAGAAGCAGCAGCUUUGAGUGAGCGUGAUGGACCUUAAAUGGUUGGUCCUGUUCCUCUCUGUGUCCCUGGAGCUGCAGAAGUCGUGCGGGUAGUGCACAUAUGCAGAGCAGAGCUGGAGCGAGCCCCAAGCUAAUAGGGUGCUUUAAUUACUCUGUCCUUAAGCACUAAAAACUAAUCAAAAGAAAGCAAGCAGUUGUAACAGGAGUUUACUUUAGCCAUGACAUUUAAUCAAAAUAUCAAAUAUUCUGGUGCCCCUUGUCCUCUGUUCCCAGUCAGUUGGGUGACUCGGAGCUGAUUUCAGUCAGCAUCCAUUUGGCUGGGGUUCUGUAUGUUCUGUAUGUUCCUGUAAUAGUAUUGUUGGAUGAGGUUUUUAAAUGCGUGAAUUUUAUGGCCUUGGUAUAAAAAUUGGUAAAGCAAACUAUUCCUUGGUAUAAAAAAAUGAGUUAAAUAUUGAAAAAUAUCUUACCUGUCCCUCAAUGAUGAAAGAAAUGGUUUAGAAAGAUUUUUUUUUUUUUUGCUCUAAGUACUUGUAGUUUGAGUUUAAAACUUUGCACAAAGGAAAUAGCACAUUUACAUAUGAAGGUCUUAGCAGAGUGGUGUGUAAGCUGUGCUCAGCCUAAGUCCGCACAUCCAUCCUCUUUGUGACAGCUUGCAACUCUUGCCAAUAUUAGAGGAAAUGAAGCCAAAACAAUGUUUUACUUAAAUAUUUUCAUAAUGUGGGAAACAAACAUAAUCCAACCUAGUUUCAGAUUCUUGUUUCAUUAUUCUGAAGGUCGCAACUGGACAGUUCAGUUAUGAACGCAAACUUGUUCUGUUUAAUAAACUAAGUGAAAGUAACGUAAGGGAUGAUUGUACAAUUUAAAUAUUAAUUCAGUAAAUACAAUGAAAUGAAGACUAGGACCCAGGUUGGCUUUCUUGGUAGUUAGAAAGAUCUUUCUUUGCUUCCUUCUUUUCUCUUUUUUUUUAAUAGAAGGUCUCUCUUUGUGGGCCUGACUGGCCUGGGACAGGGGUGGCCUCAGACUUACAGAUACCGACCUGCCUCUUCCUCCAGCUGUGGGGAAUUAAAGGCUUCUGUCACCAGGACUAGCCCAAUACAUCUUUCUUAAUCAUGCUACAAUUAAAGAUUAAAGACUGUCUUCUAAAUGAAUGCUGACUUGUGAACUGUUUUCCUGGUGACACAAAAUGGCGGUGGUGACGGGUGGCUGCAGAUGUUUGUACGGAGGAACAUCUGGUCAGUGUUCUUCCGCACUCUGUACACGGGGGAAAGAGCUGAUCUGUUCUUUAAGCGCCUCUGUGGUUUUCUUCUGGACUGUUUCAGUACAGAACUGUUAAUUAGUCAUUUUUCUUUUUAAUGUAACUUUUCUUAAUGAGCAUUCUUACAAUUCUGUGAAAAGCAUAAUUUUUUCAUUUUAGUAUUUAUUAAUCAAAACGUAUUUGUAUCUCAUUUGUAACGACCUACCACUUUAGUUUUAGUUUUUUAUUUGAAAAAGAUACAACCAAGGUGAGCAAGGACAACCCCUUUAGAUGUGGUCCAAGGCGCUUGGGCUUAUAAAGCACUUUAUAGACUGUUGAAAUUACUUUCAAAAUGAUGGUGAGGUGACAUCUUGUUACUUUUUUAAGCACAAAUCGCACAUUUUGUACAUCUGUGAUUUUAUUUUGGCUGACAUUUAAUUGGAAGUGUCAGAUGUUUUAGGAAAAAAAAUCUUAAUUUGUGAACAGCAAAGCAAACUCCUCUGGCGUCUGUUGUGGUUGGUUGACAAUGUACGGCUCUUUGAUGUUCUCCCAACAAGGAUGGUAGUUUUGCUGUGAAACAGCGCCACCCUUAACCCUUCUCCCAUAACGUACAGUAAAUCAUCUUUGCCACCAGGAAGCGCUUCUUUCUUUUGUUUUCUGGGUUGAAUAUAAAAUUAAAGAACGUACUUCUUCCUGUCUGCUGUGGUUUUCAGAAAAUAUGUACGGCCUACAGUUCAUUCAUUUGAAAAUCCAAAAUCUGAUAUUUAGUCAAUUCAAAACCUUUCAGAUUUUGGAUUGAGAGUUUUUGGAUUAGGGAUUCACAACCAUUGAAGUUGAUACAGAUGACUAAAACCUAAGGGAUUCUCAAGAAUACUCAGUGCAGACAGCGCAUGCGCUAAAAAUGGCUGGUGUGGACUUAGCUGAGUGAGCACAGGUAACUAGAGAUGGAGAAGGAAGAGUGUGCAUCAGGUACAAGACUGCAUCUAGACCCUGCUGGAUAGUGCAGAGGUAGCUGUUAGUCAGUUUGUGUUAUCUAAGUUACUCUAACUUGCAUCCAGAGAUAGCUGUCUUAAUCAGAUAUUCACCAACUGGCCCUGUCCUUCAGACAUGUAUGUAGGAGGGAGCUUGUGGAGCUCAGAAGAGGACAUCAGAUCACCAGGAGACACCCGACAUGGGUGCUGGGAUCUUAACUUGGGUCCUCUGGAUCCUCGGUUGGCCAUGUCCUAGAUUUGCUAGAACUGCCACGUGCUACUUUAAUUUACUUGGUUUAUUGAAAUAAUCUUGUCUGUCCAAUGUUUCCUACUGUGUGCCCCCCAGUGGUUGUAGGCUGUGGAAUUGUAUAAACAAAUGGAACUGUCUUUGAAGAGCUUAAAAUGUAGGUAAGGGGCUGGAGAAAUGGCUCAGUGGUUAGUAGUGCUUGUUCUUCUAGAGGAUCUAAGUUAAGUUCCCAGCACCUAUUUUGGGUGCCUCACAGCCACGUGUAACUACAGCUUUGGGUGAUCUGGUGCCCUCUUCUGGGCCUCACAGGCACCUGCACAUGACACACACACACACACCCCAAAUGAGGUAAAUGCGCGGAUGUCACAUUAAGGAAUUUAAGGAAUAAAUCAUACUUCUCUUGGAGUAGGUUGACCAAGAGAGCCCAACUUUGACUGCUUCAUUUCUCUCUGUGUGUCUUUCAUCUGUAGGUUGUAAUUUCUGGCCUGUCUGUAGCCCAUAUGUUGUCUGAGUCUGAUCGGCCCCCGUUGCUUGCCCUGUGUUGCCUGUGUGUUGUGCUUGUUCCUAGCAGAGAGCUUUGCUCUGUAUUUAUUGACCAGCACAGGAAACACGGUAUGGGAAAAUGAGGGAAAAUGUUCUCUACAGAACUCUUUAACUGGUUUACAAGGGAGGGUACUCCUGACCUUAAGUGACCCACAGGAGCGCUCCAAACCUCAUACCUUAUCAACCUAUCUGCACCUGUUGUUUCCAGCAUAUAUGGUGGCUAUUUACUUUAAAAUUGCCUUCGACAUGUUGACUGCUCUCAGUAAACGAUUACCACGCAUACCUGCAUGCACUCAUGCAUGCACACGCUGAUUUGGCUCAUGGAGAGGUGCACAAUUUUAAGAGUAAAUAUGGGGGUUUGCAACCCCAUAGGAAGAACAAAAAUAUCAACUGACUAGACCCACCCCCACCCCC